CGGCUUCAUCUCCCGACGUCUCUCUCGUUCCGAUUUUAUCUGGUUGGGUUAAAUAUUGAUGGGCACAUCAUCUGGUUCCAAUCAUCCUCACCAGAUGUUACCACCACGUCAACAACAAGGAAGUGGAGGUCUCGAAACAGCGCUUUCACUCGUAUCUUCGGAUCAGGAGCCACGUCGUGAGUCUCCAGCCGAGAGUGCGAGUUCUCAAGAAACAUGGCCACUUGGAGACUCUGUUGCAGGGAAGAAAACAGUGAGUCAAAAGACAGAGCCUGAUUCUAUGGAACAAAAUGUGAAUGUGAUGCACCAUGUGUCUAAUGCGGAUAAGGUAUCGGUACGGGAUAUAGCUAGGGAGAGAGUUGAGUUGGUUGCGGAGAGAAUGCAUCGAUUGCCAGAUGAGUUUCUUGAUGAGUUAAAGAACGGUCUUAAGUCUAUUCUUGAGGGGAAUGUAGCGCAGAGCGUGGAUGAGUUUAUGUUCUUGCAGAAGCUUGUUCAGAGUAGAUCUGAUUUGAGCUCUACAACACUUGUUAGAGCUCAUCGGGUGCAGCUUGAGAUACUUGUAGCGAUAAAUACCGGGAUUCAGGCGUUUUUGCACCCGAACAUCAGUCUGUCUCAGCCGUCUCUAAUUGAGAUUUUUGUAUACAAGAGAUGCAGAAACAUAGCCUGCCAAAACCAACUGCCGGCUGAUGAUUGCUACUGCGAAAUAUGCACUAACAGGAAAGGAUUUUGCAACCUUUGUAUGUGUACGAUCUGUAACAAGUUUGAUUUUUCUGUCAAUACUUGCCGCUGGAUCGGAUGCGACUUGUGUUCCCACUGGACUCAUACAGAUUGUGCUAUUCGGGAUGGACAGAUCACCACGGGAUCCUCUGCUAAGAAUACAUCAGGUCCAGGAGAAAUAGUGUUCAAGUGCCGGGCUUGUAAUCGCACGUCUGAGCUGCUGGGAUGGGUUAAAGAUGUGUUUCAGCACUGUGCACCAAACUGGGAUCGGGAAUCUUUGAUGAAGGAACUCGACUUUGUUAGUAGGAUUUUCCGCGGAAGCGAAGAUCAACGAGGUAGGAAACUGUUUUGGAAGUGUGAGGAGCUUAUCGACAAGAUUAAAGGAGGUUUGGCUGAAGCAACUGCUGCCAAAUUGAUAUUAAUGUUUUUCCAAGAGAUCGAAUUAGACUCCGUGAAGAGCUUUGAAAAUGGAGAAGGCGGACGUUUGAUGGCACCUCAGGAUGCAUGCAACCGAAUUGCCGAAGUUGUACACGAGACUCUAAGGAAAAUGGAAAUAGUGGCUGAGGAGAAGACGAGGAUGUUCAAGAAGGCACGCAUGGCUCUCGAGACUUGCGAUAGAGAGCUCGAAGACAAAGCCAAGGAAGUUUCAGAACUGAAAGCGGAGAGGCAGAAGAAGAAACUUCAGAUAGACGAGUUAGAGAGAAUCGUGAGGCUGAAGCAAGCAGAGGCAGAUAUGUUCCAGCUUAAAGCAAACGAAGCAAAGCGGGAGGCUGAUAGAUUGCAAAGGAUUGUACUAGCGAAAAUGGAUAAGUCUGAGGAGGAAUACGCAAGUAACUAUCUGAAACAGAGGCUGAGCGAGGCCGAGGCAGAGAAGCAGUAUCUGUUUGAAAAGAUUAAGCUGCAGGAAAAUUCGAGGGUUGCAUCACAGAGCAGUGGCGGUGGAGGUGACCCGUCACAGGUGAUGAUGUACUCAAAGAUCCGCGAUCUGCUUCAAGGAUACAAUCUCUCUCCCAAGGUAGAUCCUCAAUCAAACGAGCGUAAUCCUUUCAGAUCCAAUCCUUGAUGCUCGUUCCUCCCUUAUAAAUAUGUAGUUUUCAU